AAACACUGGUGGGGACAUCGAGGGGAGGAGUAAACAUACUGCUCUGCACACUGCUGUGCAUGCCAGCAUAGUCAAUUAGUGUGGAGCAGACUGGUUGAGAAGGCUGCAGUUCAUGGGAUCAUUUGAUGUAAUUUGACUUUUACCUGUGCUUCAUGAGCAUCUGAUCAGCUGAAGAGCUUCCUGCAGGAGCAAGCGGGAAGUAAAGCUCAUCUGACAUCCGUCUGGUUUCAGUCAUAUCCACACUCAGUCAUCAACAGAAGGCAUCAACAUGCUCGAGCAAGUUCUGUCAUUCGGCCGCUCCCUGGUGCGCAGGAAAGUGGUCGACCUGAACAACCUGGAAGACUCCAAGCUCUGCCGCUGCCUGGGAACCGCAGACCUCAUUGCAUUGGGAGUGGGCAGCACCCUGGGCGCCGGUGUCUACGUGCUGGCCGGCGAGGUGGCUAAAGGAAACUCCGGCCCCAGCAUUGUCAUCUCUUUUCUAAUUGCCGCCCUAGCCUCCGUCAUGGCCGGCUUGUGUUACGCUGAGUUUGGGGCCCGCGUCCCCAAAACAGGCUCUGCUUACCUAUACAGUUACGUGACUGUCGGAGAGAUCUGGGCCUUCAUCACUGGUUGGAAUCUAAUUCUCUCCUAUGUGAUUGGUACCUCCUCGGUGGCCAGAGCGUGGAGUGGCACGUUCGAUGAGAUGAUCGGAGGACACAUAGAGAUAUUUUGUAAAACCUACUUCAGCAUGAACUCGCCCGGUCUGGCUCAGUACCCCGACUUUUUUGCCGUCUGCUUGAUACUGUUGCUCUCUGGGCUUCUGUCAUUCGGGGUGAAGGAAUCAGCCUGGGUCAAUAAAGUUUUCACCUCAGUCAACGUGCUCGUACUUCUGUUCGUCAUCAUCUCCGGCUUUGUCAAAGGAGACAUAUACAACUGGGAAAUAUCUGAAGAAUCCCUUAUAAAUGUCACCAUAUUUAGAAGGAACUUGUCAGUCACGGCCAACGUGAGCAGUGAUUAUGGAGUUGGAGGAUUUAUGCCGUACGGCUUCAGUGGGACUUUGGCUGGAGCAGCCACUUGCUUCUAUGCUUUUGUGGGAUUUGACUGCAUUGCGACAACAGGUGAGGAAGUUAGGAACCCACAGAAGGCCAUUCCCAUCGGCAUCGUGGUGUCCCUGACCGUGUGUUUCCUGGCGUACUUUGGCGUGUCGGCUGCGCUCACCCUCAUGAUGCCCUACUACCUGCUGGACGAGAAGAGUCCUCUGCCCAUGGCCUUUGAAUAUGUGGGGUGGGGUCCCGCCAAAUAUGUGGUGGCUGCGGGUUCACUCUGUGCCCUUUCUACCAGCCUGUUGGGCUCCAUGUUCCCUCUGCCGCGCAUUCUCUUUGCCAUGGCACGAGACGGUAUUCUGUUCAAAUUUAUGUCCAAAGUGAGUAAGCGCCAGUCACCUGUGGCUGCCACCAUGGCGGCAGGUACCACUGCGGCCAUCAUGGCUUUCCUGUUUGACCUCAAAGCCCUGGUUGACAUGAUGUCCAUUGGAACCCUGCUGGCCUACUCGCUGGUCGCUGUUUGUGUACUGAUCCUCAGGUACCAGCCGGACGGAUCUCUGGAGGGGCGUACAGCUGAGAGGGAUUACCUCUCGUCCGAAGAGUCCGACCUGACAGAGUCCGAGUCCCACCUCCACAUGUUGAAGAGUGGCAGCUCCACCCUGCAGACUGUCCUGCACCCCCCUGCCGCCCCCUCUGAACACUCCUCCAGUGUGGUCAACAUGACCAUCUGUGUGCUCGUGACGGUUGUGUGCGUGGUCAGCUAUCUCACCACGUACCACAUCGGCUGCAUCCUUCGUGCGGAGGUGUGGAUCCUGGCCUUGCUGUGUGUGUGUCUCCUCAUCUUCAGCGGCUGCGUCGUCAUGGUCUGCAGGCAGCCGCAGACGAGCAAGAAGGUUUCCUUCAUGGUUCCUCUUCUGCCUUAUCUGCCCAUUCUGAGCAUCUUUGUCAACAUUUACCUCAUGGUUCAGCUGAGUGGAGAUACGUGGAUACGUUUCUCUGUGUGGAUGGCUGUGGGCUUCCUGAUCUACUUCGGCUAUGGCAUGUGGCACAGUGUGGAGCGCCAGCGCCUGCUCCAGCUCUCUCUCAGCAGCGCCAACACAACCCAGGAAAAGAGCAAGAGCAGCAGGGAGAAGCAGGAUGGUGUGGGUGCGGCAGGGAAAGACCAGGAGCGUUUCCUCUCCCCAGAGAAGACGAGCCAGUGUUAAAGUUUACCAGCUCGGUCACAGACUCUGCGAGGCAACAGAUGCAUAAAAGCACACAGCAGCUCUGCCUUCAUGCACAUGUACAUGCUGCUUACUCAUGCGUGCUUCAGUCACGUGCACAUUCAGCCCGCCAGAAAGGCAGCGUCAGUAUUCUGCAUCAGGGUGACGGUCACCAUGAUGAGACCCCAUCCUGUACGCCACAUCCUCUUUCACGGACAGCAUGGAGGCAGCACAGAACUUACACCAGAGAGGGACGUUCAUUUCCUUUAGCACUGAAGACUGCAGUGACACCUCUCUGUUUCUUAACGGACUCCAGUUUUUAAUGCAUGACACACUGUUUGUUUCUUUCCUGUCAGGUUUUACUCUGUGAAAUCUGUGCGAUCCUCUCAAAGGUCCAGAAUAUUGUUAGAUUUUGAUACAUCACUUAUAUAUUUGUAUUGUACGUAAUGUUGGUUAAAGCACUUGUUUAAGGCAGAAACAGGGCCAAUGUUAUUUAUAGAAUGUUAGAACUUGUGUGUGCCUUGAUGUUGCAUAUGCAUAAAUGUGAAAUUGUGAUAUCUGUAUAAAAAAGAUCAUAGAACAUUGAGGCAUUUAGACCAAUGUACAAUAGUUUUGUAGGCACUUAACAUGUCGUGAUUAUACGUGUCUGACCUGAACGUUUGGCCAAAAGCUGGUGGUAAGUUCUGGCCUGUGUAGAUAAUGUACUUUGUAACACAUCAUAGCAACAUUUACUGUAGUUAUUGAGAUCUUUGUAGCUGGUGUGGUGGAUUUUAUUCUGCACAGGUUUUAUUUUUACUCUUACUAAGAUGUGGUAUAUGUGUGAACUGUUAAAAUCCCAAUAUGAAGAUUCUUGUCCAGACAGAACUUUACUCAUUAAGUAUUAGUAGUUUAUUUUUCUUCACUCUGUCAGAUCACGACAUUGUGUUUUCUUCUGUCUGAUAAUUUUGUGUUAUUUUCACAUGGACGCAGACUCUUUGUUUCAUGAUAUUAUUUUAUAUAAUUUGAACUAACAACAAGCAAAUGAAUAACAAGUGAAAGUAUUAAGUAAGUUAAGGUUUCUUCUGCAGCAUAUUUUAAAUGAAAUAGGCAUUUUUUCCACAGGUUUCUCCUCUUUGUGUUAGUGUCUCACUUCGACGGCUGGAGUCUGGGUUUUGACUCAUGUUCUGGAAGAUUCAGAGAUGGCAUUAGUUCCUCUUAAUCUUAAUAAAUAAAGAGCAGGACAGAGA